AAACAGAGAAACAGUCGGAGGAGAAGAGGCGCAACACAGGGUCAGGUUGGGAGCAACAUUUACAAGGAAAUAAGGGGUUUUAUCAUUCCUAUUUCUUGGGAGAACAAGGCUUUGGAAGACCUGACAAUAUUGCAGGACUGUCCCUUCAGUUCAGACUCCAUCAACCUAAUUAUACUGUGGGUAGCCGUCUUGUACUUGUAAAGAACUGGACAGGACUUACAAUUUGAAGCUACCAGCCUUUAUACCUCACACAAAACUUGAACAACAACCUAAAACUAAAGAGGAUAUAUGGCUUCACCACAGCUCCUACGUGAAGUAGAUUCUGUGGAUACGCAACUAGAUGUGCAUAUGGAAGAGGAUGUCGGUGACCUCUCGAAUGGAUUUCAAAGGAGCAGCCCGUCCGUCAACGAUGAAGGAAGUCAAAGUCAGCCCAAGCAAAGCAAUUUACCCAAUGGCCUUAGGAAAAGUGGCAGGAAGCACCAGGACUACAUUAAGAUCUCUGUGCCUGAACCAAAGAACCGACUGCCACUGGAAUGGUGGAAAACAGGCAUUGCCUUUAUCUACGCCCUCUUCAACCUGGUACUAACCACGGUCAUGAUCACUGUGGUGCAUGAGAGGGUCCCGGCCAAAGAGACCAGCCCACCCCUGCCCGAUAAGUUUUUUGAUUACGUUGGUCGAGUUGAAUGGGCUUUUUCUAUAUCAGAAAUAAAUGGGAUGAUUUUAGUAGGACUGUGGUGCUGCCAGUGGCUGUUCCUUCGAUACAAGUCAAUAGCAGCAAGAAGGUUUUUCUUCAUAAUGGGAACCCUUUACCUGUACAGGUGCAUGACCAUGUAUGUUACAACGCUACCUGUGCCUGGUAUGCACAUGAAAUGUGCUCCAAAGCUGCACGGAGACUCCCAAGCCAAGCUGCAGAGGAUCCUGAGACUGAUUUCGGGCGGUGGCUUGUCCAUCACAGGCUCACACAUCUUGUGUGGCGAUUUCCUCUACAGCGGACACACUGUCAUGCUGACGUUGACCUACUUGUUCAUCAAGGAAUACUCACCCCGUCGUUUCUGGUGGUACCACUUGCUGUGCUGGCUGCUGAGUGCUGUGGGAGUGGUGUGCAUCCUGGUGGGACAUGAACACUACACAGUGGAUGUGGUCAUUGCGUACUACAUCACCACCAGACUCUUCUGGUGGUACCACACCAUGGCCAAUGUACAGACACUGAGGUCCUCUCCUCAAAACUACCUGUCUCGGAGCUGGUGGAAUCCAGUGUUCUGCUUCUUUGAGAAGAAUGUGCAGACCCAAGUGCCUUGCUCCUUCUCUUGGCCAAUUGCCUGGCCUCCCAGCUGCUUCAAGUCCUCCUGUAAAAACUAUUCCAUGGUUCAGAGCGCCAGGAGACAGUGAAACAUGUGUAAACACACACACACACACACACACACACACACACACACACACACACACACACACACACAUACACCCACACACAACUCUUUUACUGGCGCUAUGGCGUGGAACACAUUUUUUUCACAAUUUCCUGAACACUUUGAAAGAUAAUAGAGACCAAAACACUAGCAGUUCACGCCAAAGACUUAUAACUGAGAAGUGCUGAUAAUAUAUUACCCAAUAGGAGGAUAUACAAAUGAACCUGCUAAAUAAGAAUAUUUUUCUGGCAGAUUUUAAAAGCAUGUACCUUGCGUUUUUUUUGUUUUUUUUAAGUAUUGCUAACUGUGUCUACAGAAACAAAAAAUCUAUUUAUAUCGGAAUUUCUGUGACCAAGUGCUUGGGAAUGUGUGUGAGACCGAGUGAGUCAGUGGGUGUCUGUAAAACUUAAAGAAUAUUUUCUUCUGUUAAACUGUAUUCCAUAAUGUUACAUAUUUUAAAGACAAAAUAGGCAAAAGUUAAACUUGAACUUGAAAAUAUAAACUUGACAUUUAUAUGUAUCUUUAUGGUGAACUAUUUGUUAGGUAAGUUUUUUAAGUGGUUGUACCUAAAGAAAUAUGUACUUUCGUAUAUAGGUAGUAAUCUAAAAUGCUGAUCUCUAUAGAGGCCUCAAUUGUGCUGUUUCAACUAAACAUUAUAUCACAAAAAUUAACAUUAUUUCCAUUGUAAAACAUGGUAAUGCAAAGGGUGUGCAGUCAGUCCUGAAGGGCUAUUCCACUUUGGGCACCCCUGCAAUAGAUAUGAAGAAAUUUCUCAAUAUGCUUGUCUUCCCUACCAGGACACUUGCACUUUCUUUGUAAUUUUCCCUCAGAAUUGUCUUCAUCUUACUGGUUGAAAAGCAUGAAGGACAUUAGCGGAGGCAGCUGGUUGUUUACUAGGAAAGACAGCACUACAAAUUGGGUGGGGCCAAUUUCACUCUCCAGGUGACAUUACAAGUGUGAGACCAUCAGAAGGCAAGACCUACAAUCUGCUCUCUUUUACCUAGUGUAGUUCCAGAUAUAGUUUUUAUAAUGAAAAUACAUGUUUGGUAAAAAAUCUAUUUCUUGCAAAACUACACAUUUAAGGUCUGCAUAGUGAUGGAUGUGGAAAAUGGCUGGAAUUAUUUUGUUAGCUAAAAUUACUUUAACAGCUAUUUUCUUUUAUUUUUAGCUUCAGUUCUUUUUCAGAGUCCACCUGUUAUUGUUUAAUUCAAUGGAGGAUACAACUAUUUAAAAACAAAAAACACGUAUGAGCUGAUAAAAUAAACAAAACUGACCAGAAAAUGUUCUGUUUACAUUUGUAAGCUUAACACAGCCAAAACUGGAGGCAGCUUUGCAGUGGAUCAGAAAUCACAGACCAGAGUUCGAUGUUAUGAUUGUCUUUAAUAUAUGCAUAAGAUCUGAAGUCCAAAACUAUUUUACCUCCAGUGGCCACCAUUUGAAUUAAUAUGUUCGUGUGAUUACAUGUAAAUCUCUGUGGCAACAGGCACGUAAGAUGAGCUUGGCAUGAAGUAAGCAGUGGGUUAAUUUGAGAGUUUCUAGAUUGCAAGACAGCCUAAGAAUCCAGGCAAAUUGUAUUUACAUAUAUUUUAAAAGUGCCAAAAUGUAGAAUUAUUUUUUAAUAAACUACAAAAAACUACAGCUCAUCCUGGGAACUUUUAUUUUGGUAGAGCCAGUUUAAAUCAUUGCCUCCUUUUUAUUUGGGAGAUGGCCUUCUUUGCACUUAGAUACUGCUGAAACGCCUUAAUUAUAGCAUGUAUAUGAAGACAAAAGUGUUAGUUGUGUUACAUUACACAACUCAUAUUCCACAGCCUUAUAGGAAAACAGAACCACCUCAAGCAGCUGCAGAAACAUGAUUUUAAUUAUGUUGUAGUCUAUUGUGUAGCAUCUCUUGUUUUGUAGAAAACAUAUUUGUUUUUGAUAGCUUUUUGUAACUUUAUAGUAAAAUUAGAUGCUGAAAGGUUUACGGUGAUCUACGUGAAAAAAAAAAAUUCUGUGCAAGUAUUUACCGAUUUUUUUUUUUUUUUGGUUUGCUUGUUUUGUAAACAGUCAAUUUGGUUUUACACCUAAGUGCUUAAAAUAGUUGCAUGCAAUUCCAAGAAAUUCAAAUUCCAAUUCAUACAAGGAUGAAUGGAGUGUUAAAACUAAGCAAAAAUCAUAAUACUAUCUCUAAUUUAGCAGGCAUAGCUCUUUUACUGUGCUUCAAAUGCCACUUCAAACACAUGCAGCAUGAAAUGUAUUAUAUAUAUAUAGUUUGGUUUUGUUUUAAUGGUACUUGAAUAAUGAUAAAACAAUGAAGACAAGAAAUGGAAUGUUCUGUAGUUUGAAAAUAACCUAGCAUGUAACCAGUGUCUAUAUGAAUAUGUAUUUUUGAUAUCCCUUGUGGAAACCACAGUACCUUCUAGUUAAAAAUAGUGGGGUCGUUUUUAAUGAUCUUAUCAGGGAUAAAUCUUAAUACUUCUGUUCUUAAACAGAGAAACCUGCCAUCACGUGUACAUUUUUCCACUGCAUUUUUUCUUUAUAAUUGUAUUUAUGGUUGCAGUCUGUAAACCAACCCCGAGGAAGCAUUCAGAUCCUUCUCUGUUUAUAUCAUUAAUCUAUACCCCAUUGGUUUCUAGUGAUUAAAACCGUUUACUAACACAAACCAGAUAUGUCUUUUGGAUUACUUUGCAACUGCAAGGCCACAUUGCCUCAUUGUUUUGUGUUUCUUUGAGUGGCAAUUUGGCUCUGGAGAUCUUGUAUGCAAAAUCUAAGUUCUGGAAAAGUUCUUAUCAAGACAGUUCAUACUCACCUCUCAGCUGGCUGUAGAGACCCUGAAUGUUACUAGUCUAUAUUCUUGCUUAUCAGGAUCUUUGAAACCAGCAGUGUAUGUCUCUUUUCUUUGGUUUUAGUCACUAAACUAUGCAGCCAAGGUAAUAUAGUAUCAUAGUGUCUAAAUAUGACAUCCUGUUUGUCUAUUGAGAUCCAUUUCACUUCUAUCUUGAAACCAGUGUACAAUCAACAGACAGCUAUAGAAAACCAUUAUUUUCUGUGAAGGGAAUACAGUCAGCUUGCAGAUAUAUUUAAAAUAUUUCACAUAAACUAUGGGCAAAAAAAAGCUGUUUUUGGUUUUGUUUUUUUAAUAGAGUUAUAGUAUUAAGACUGUUGUUCUGGAUCACAUUUGUAGUUGGUUGAUCCUGUGCAUUUUCCAAAAAGGGAAUUUAUUUAAGUGUUUGUUUGACCCCCUUUUUUAAUGGCAAAUGGAUGUAAAGUUUACAGGUCAAUUGAGAUGUUUAAUUAAUCAUUUAUAAGGGAUAGCCAUAUGGAUAUGCAACAAUCAUCAUUGCUAAUAUGAAUUGUAGUGUUUUUUUGUUUUUUUUUUAGUCUACAUGUAUAAAGUUAUAUAUGCUCAUUUAUAAAUGUUUAUAUAAAAAACUACCUACAUGUAACUGUACAUCAGCUUUGUGGAAACUUAUGUUGAUGUUUUUUAUGCCUUAAAGGGUUUAAUGGUUAAUGACUACACGACACU